AUAAGUAUUAACGUCCAACCAAACAAGUAUUAACUGCCACACACACACACAACGAACGGAAGGAUCAGGAUCAGGAGCAACUGGAGCUGAAGCUGGAUUGUCCAGGAGAGAAAGCCGUGGACCAGGUCGCAAAGUAGUCAGCCUAAUGGCGGGCUGGCGGGGGCGUGGGCUGUGUGCUACGCUUUUAGCCGUGCUGACGUUACUCUCGGUUACCCAUUCGGUGCGCAUCACCAACCUGCGGGUGCCACGCACCUACACGCUCUUCCGCGACCACGAACCCGAUCCUCUGGUCCUCGACUGCGAGGUGGAGAUCGGGCCAGGCGAGCAGGGAUUCGUUCUGAAGUGGCUGUUCAACAACCACUCCAUCUACCAAUGGAUACCCUCGGUCAAGGGGUUCGCCAUGGGCUUCAUGAAGUCGAAGAUAGACACCAAGAUUUUCAGUAUGAAAGGCAGUCCCGGUGUUAUAUCGAUAAAGAAUCCCGACUGGAACAUGACGGGGGAGUAUACCUGUGCGGUGCAGACCUUUGAGUCGACGGAUAAGCGGAGUGCCCGCUUGCAAAUAAUCGUUCCUGAGUCGGAUUUCAUGCUGGAAGCGCGGAUGAGCGGCUCGCGUAUGGAGGUGGACAUUAUGUGUGUGGUCCAGCACGUAUUUCCGCAACCCAAAGUGUCGGUCAUGUUUGACACCCACACACUGGAUUCGGUACUGACGCAGUUGGACCAGGACCCCAGUGGCCUCUACAGCAUGACCGUACGCACCCGCAUUCCUAGAGAUCAGCUCGAGUCCCCCACCCCGAUCACCUGUGCUUUCUACCUGGUUGGCACCAACUACACCAAGCGCCGGGAGACUAUAUUCUAUGAUAAGGCCUCAACUAUACAACGCAAGUGGACAACGGUCGCCGUAGUCAUGUCCAUAGCAUCCUUAGCUCUAAGCAGUUAGUUUGGUAGUGUCCUUCAAUGUAGGCUAUAUUUGUUUUUAAGUUUGGACUAGAAACUUUGAUACUCUUUAAUUUUUAAUAGACUUUUAACGGAUAAACGUAAUUUUUUGCGGUAUUUUUAAAAAAAGCGCUUAUUUUGUACAUGCAUGUAAUUGUAAGGAUAAUGAAACACAAAACAGAAACAAACACCACAAUGCGUAAGCAAACGAACCCAUAAAAACUAAUACGACAACAGUAACACAUAACAAGAAAUUCUUGUAUUCAUAUAUUUACCAAAUAAAUAAAAUAUAUAUUAUAGUUAUAUAUGAUGUAUAGAUCUAAAUGAGUACGGAAACGCUAAUAAAAACCGAAAAGAAAAGUGCAUUAAACCAAC